CAGACAAAAUAAAUUUCAUUCCCAAUUAUGACCAUCGCAGUAUUGCGCCUCGUCCAAGGCGGGACAUUCUAUCCGCUGCGGGUGUUGCUAUAACAACCCUGCUUAUCUAUCUCCGUCCCUCAUUUCACAUCUAUAACCACUCUGCAACCUUGCCAAAGUAUUCUUACUGCAUAGCGCAACACGAUACUCCGUCUUUAUUCCGAUAUCUCAUACCCAGCGCGCGCCUCAGACUUGAAAAGACUUGAAGUACUGAACGAUCGCGCCCAAGCAAAGUGGUAUACGAAGGGCCCUGAAUCUCGCGAAGGCUGUGCCUCAGCCUCGGCACUCUGCACUUCAAAUGCAGCUACUCACGACCACACCCCAUACCAGAGCUCCGAUGCACCUCUCAAACUUCCUCCUCGCUCUCUCUCCCUCGCUUCUCCUCCUCUCAUCCUACGCUACCUCGGCACACGCACACAGCAAUGGCGCCGCCCUACCACCCCCCGCACACCUCCCCGAACCGCAGGUCAUACAAAGACGGCAGGAGAUAGCAGCGCGGAUAGGGGCGGGGACGAAGCCGGUCAGGGUGAAGAAGAUGACGGAGAAUGAGGGGGAGAUGUUUUUUAAUGAGUAUUGGGGGUUUGAGGCGCAGGAAGAAGACGAGGGGGGACAACAGGGCGGGGAUGUUUUACGGCGGGAGUACGAAUCUGAAGACGACGGAGCAUGGGGGAACGCAUCAGCGCUCUUCUCAUUUCGGCCUGCAUUUGCUAUACACGAGGCCGAGUCCCCCUCCCCCCGCAACCUACCAGAAGCGCAAUCCCGCCACCAGCGCUCCUCCCGCGCCCUCGCCGCCCUCCUCAAGCGCGCCUUCCAAUGCCCCACCGGCACCUCAGCCUGCACCUCCAUCUCACAACCCAACUACUGCUGCGCCAGCUCCGAAUCCUGCGUUUCCAUAACCGACACCGGUCUCGGCCCCGUCGGCUGCUGUCCCUCCGGCCAAUCCUGCGCGGGAGCAAUAACGCACUGUGCGUCUGGGCAAACGGCGUGUCCCCAGAGUUUGGGGGGGGCGUGCUGUGUAGCGGGCUUUGUGUGCUUUGAUGUUGGGUGUGUGAGUAGUGUGGUGGUGACGUCGAUUACGACUGUUACCCAGACGCCGCUGGUACCGAGUACGACGAGCAAGCCUGUUACGACGACGCCGUCGAGUACGCAGGUGGUGACGACGACGGAGGGGCCAGCGCCGCCGGUGAGGGGGACGGGUGAGAGUUCUACUGUCGCGCCGCCGACGACUUCUCUUACGUCGGAUGCGGAGGCGUGUCCAACGGGUUUCUAUGCCUGCUCGGCAUACUUCCCAGGCGCAGGGUGCUGUCGUGUAGGCCGCGAUUGUGCGCAGACUUUUUGUCCGACGACGAGGUCGGUGACGGUGAUUAGUGGGGGCGUGACGGUGGCGGUGCCGGAGGGGACGGUGGCGACGACUGCGUCGGGGGCGGGGAAGUGUGCGAGUGGGUGGCAGGGGUGUGACGGAGGGGGGUGUUGUCCGGGGGGUGGGAGUGCGGGGUUAGUUGUGUGA